AUGACUCAACUCGCAAUCGCACUUGCAAUCAUCUUUUUUAUUUUCUCAUUUUUCUCAAGUGCUCAUAAAGUGCACGAGACGAUCGAUGUGGCAAACUACUUGGGUGCUUUUGGAUUUCUUCCAGAGCGACUAGCUCAAGGAAAUCAACAAAUUUCAAAUGAAUCUUAUGAAAAUGCGAUCCGAGCUUUACAGAGAACUUAUGGACUUGAAGAAACGGGCAGCUUGGGUCCACGAGAACGACAUUAUAUGAAAAUGGCUAGAUGUGGGGUGAAAUACAAUUCAAAUGAAGACAGAGCAGCUGGGCUUCGAGUCAAACGAGGCACCGAGGUUUAUGUGAUGAAACAAAGGCCAAUCACUUAUCGUGUUGUCAACGGAGCUCGUCAUAUGGAUCUUGGAUCGGUGAGAAGAGUGAUACGAGAAGUUUUCGAUUUCUAUGAGACACAAGCUGAUCUCCAAUUUCUUGAAACCGCUGACCCAAAAGCCACCAUUCAGAUUUCGUUUGAAUCACAUGAGUAUCAUGCGCCGUGCACAUAUCGUUUUGAGACACCCGGCGUACUUGCUCACGCAUUUAAACCGCUCGAUCCGAUGUGGUCGAUUGGUAGUGAUCUUCAUUUUUACGAUCUUCAUCAUUGGCGGAAAAAUUACACCAGUUCCUAUGAGUAUCCUUCAUUAUACUCGGUGGCAAUGCAUGAAAUCGGGCACGCACUUGGUUUAGAUCAUAGCCCGAAUGAUCAAAGUGUUAUGUUCGCUGUGGAUUUACCGCGAAAGACGAAAGAGCAGAUUCGGCUUGAUUCCCAAGAUCUCUGGGUUCUAGAGACGCUAUAUGGCAGAAAAAUCACAAAACAUCUUCCACAUCCAGCUGGGCCCCACCCAACACAUCAUCCAAAGAUCCCAACACUUACAACAAAAAUGCCUCUAAUCCCUUUACAUGAAGAUUCAAUCAAGCCAAGACCUUGUUCAUCGUCAGUUGAUGCAAUCUUCACGAUAAACGACGAGUUUUAUGUUUUCAAGGCUGAUUGGUAUUGGAGGGUGCAUAAUAAAACCAAUUCGAUUGAUGGCCCGCAUCAAAUUUCAAAAAGAUUUCACAAUCUGCCAACUCCCAUUGAUGCGGCGAUUCAAAUUGAAAGAAACACAUACUUUUUCAUUGGAAAUAAAUAUUACAUUUAUCAAUACCCGAGUCACCGUCAGCUUUAUGGAGCAUCGAGAUUGGAUGCACAUUUACGAGGCGGAGAAAUACAAAAUGUUGUUCUCGCCUUUAACUAUUUUGAUCCAACUUUUCAUGAUGCUACAAGUCGGACAUUUCUAUGGACAAAGGGAACAAACGACUAUCACUAUUGGCUAUUGAAGGCGCCACAUCGAAACGGAGCACUAGAAGCCGAGGCCACGUAUCCCCGUCAACGAUCGGCUGUUUGGAGUCAAGUUCCACCCAACUCCGAUGCUGCUUUCUCUUUAGGAAACGACGUUUACUUCGUCGAGGGCAGCUCUGUUUACAAAUUAAACGGUUCUGAUCCAAAGAAUGGCAUUGUUAAAGGCUAUCCCUUGCCAUUGGGAACUCUUUGGGAAGCGUGUCGGCGUGUCUACUUUGGAAAAACAAGAGUUGAAUUGCAAUGGGAUAUGGUGGACACGGUGAGCCGACUGCUUAUUGAUGACUCCCCCUUGCCCACUCAGCGAAGAAGCGAUAUGACUAAAAUGGAGGAUCGAGCGGCUGUAAUUGGCAUUGUCGGCAUGACGUGCCACUCGUGUGUCAAAAACAUUGAGGAAACGAUUGGGACUAAACCCGGCAUCAUAUCCAUUCGUGUUUCGUUGAGCGACGCUGAAGGCAUUGUUCACUACAGUCCCCUUGUUUGGAAAGCAGAAGAGAUCGUUGAAGCAAUCGAUGAUAUGGGAUUUGACACGUCGCUGAAAAGAGACAGCCAAGUGGCUGAAGAUGUUAAUGCAUCAACGUCAAGUGCGAUUUCAAAGAAAUGUGCUCUUAUUUCGAUUGAAGGAAUGACUUGUCAUGCGUGUGUUAAUAACAUUCAAGACACAAUGGGAGCUAAAGCUGGGAUUUAUGAUGUGAAAGUGGACUUGAAAGAAAAACGAGGACGCGUGGUGUUCGAUGGAUCACAAUGGACCGCGGAAUCCGCAGCUGAAGCGAUCGACGAUAUGGGAUUUGAUACAAAAGUGAUUUUAGAAGAAGUCUGGACUGAUGUUUCCACAAAGUCAACAGAAGAACAAAACGGUCGAGCCCGAUCCGAACCGCCUCAAAUGAAAGCACCGACUAAACUACCACGACUUGGCAGUCAAAAUGAUCUGGCAAAAACACAUGACUCUGUCGAGAUUCGACUCAACAAUGUUCGAUUCGAAAAGGCAAAGCCAGAAAACUUUGUAAAAGCAACAUUUGGUGUCGAGGGAAUGACUUGUGCAAGCUGUGUUCAAUACAUUGAAAGAAACAUGAGCAAAUUGGAGGGAGUUGAUUCAAUUACGGUUGCAUUGAUAGCCGCAAAAGCUGACGUUUACUUUGAUCAACGAGUGGUAACGACCGAUCGGCUGAUGGAAGAGAUCGAAUCCCUUGGAUAUAGAGCUUCUUUACUCAGUUCUUCUGGCGACAAUGAAAACAAAUUUCAACUAGUGAUUGGUGGGCUCAACUCUGAACAAUGUGCACAUAGGAUUGAAUCGCAUGUGAUCUCGAAAAAGGGAGUUGAAUCUUGUCAUGUUUCUUUGGCCACUUCAAUGGCUACCGUUGAGUUCGCUCCAAGUAUCAUCGGUCCACGAGAUAUCAUUGCAGUCAUUGAGGGAUUGGGCUAUACCGCCGAGCUGACCUCAAAAGAAGACAAAAUGAGGCGACUCGAUCACAGCAAUGAAGUGAAAAAAUGGAGAAAAGCUUUCUUUGUUUCGCUCAUCUUUGGUAUUCCAGUUAUGGGGAUUAUGGCUGUUUUUCAUUGGAUUUUGCACACACCAAUGCAUGGUGAGAAUCAGACUCCAAUCUUCACACCGGCGCUCUCUCUUGACAACUUCCUCCUUCUACUCCUUUGCACUCCGGUGCAGAUCAUUGGUGGACGUUAUUUCUACAUCGCUUCGUGGAAAGCAAUCAAACACGGCACAAUGAAUAUGGAUGUGCUUAUCGUUCUUGCAACAACCGUUUCCUAUCUUUAUUCAAUUGCUGUCCUUCUGGCAGCUAUAUUGCUAGGCUGGCAGUCUUCUCCAAUGACAUUUUUCGAUGUUCCUCCAAUGCUCAUUGUUUUUGUGGCACUUGGACGAAUGCUUGAACAUAAAGCUAAGGGGAAAACGUCGGAAGCUUUAUCUCGAUUGAUGUCGUUGCAAGCACGUGAAGCAACUUUAAUCACAAUGGAUUCAGACGGACAUACCACAUCUGAGAGAGGCAUCGAUAUUGAACUGGUUCAACGAGGUGAUCUAAUUAAAGUAGUCCCUGGUGCAAAGAUUCCCGUAGAUGGAGUGGUUGUCGACGGGAAAAGCACAGCUGAUGAAAGCUUUAUCACCGGAGAAAGCAUGCCCGUUGUGAAAAAGAAAGAUAGUUCGGUGAUUGGUGGUUCAGUGAAUCAAAAAGGACCACUCAUUAUCCGAGCCACUCACGUCGGCAAAGACAGCACUUUGGCACAAAUCGUGCGACUUGUUGAAGAGGCUCAAACAAGCAAGGCACCAAUUCAAGAAACAGCUGAUCGAAUCGCUGGUGUUUUUGUGCCGUUUGUGGUUGGGAUUUCGAUGCUCACUCUUCUCGCGUGGGUUGUCAUUGGCUAUCUCACAUGGACUGAUCCCAAUGCAACAUCUAUGGCCAAAUUUGAAGCCGUUUUAAAAGUGGCUUUCGAGGCAGCGAUCAACGUACUGGCUAUUGCUUGUCCAUGCUCGCUUGGUCUCGCAACUCCAACUGCGGUCAUGGUAGGUACAGGAAUUGGCGCUUCGAAUGGUAUUUUGAUUAAAGGAGGCGAACCAUUGGAAGGGAUACACAAGGUUUCGACGGUGGUUUUUGACAAAACGGGAACAAUCACAGAAGGUCAACCACGAGUUGUUGGCGUCAUUGGGCUGCGAUCGGUUGACAAAGUACCACUGCAAACCGUUAUUGCGGCAAUCGGCUCAGCUGAAGCACAAUCCGAGCACCCGAUUGGAAAUGCUAUUUCUGCAUUUGCAAAGCAGUUCUUGAACGUUUCUCAAUGGGCUGCUGUUUCGCGUUUCCACGUUUCACCGGGAAAUGGGAUCACUUGCCGAGUGGAUGGAAUCGCAAAAAUGCUUGACACAUCGAAUGUUAAGCAGUCACUAAAGAUUAACAAAUUAUCUGACGGAGAGGAAGUGUGCUUGCCAGGAACUGAAGUCAUUUACAAGCAAGGAGCCGUUACAGAUGUUGCUGCCCUGAAAUCAAACGAAGGCGUUAAUGUUGUUGUGGGAACGAUACAAUUGAUGUUAAAACAAGGAAUUCCGGUUGACGGCCGGACACAGGAUCUCUUGACUGAACAGCAAAGUAAGGGACAUAUUUCGGUGCUGUGUGCAGUCAAUGGCGAAGUUGUUUGCAUUAUUUCGAUCGCCGAUCAAGUGAAACGAGAGGCGGCUAUGGCUGUGUGGGCACUGAGAAAGAUGGGCAUUCGGGUUGUACUUUUAACGGGAGACAACAGUAAAACGGCUCUCACCACAGCUAAACAAGUGGGUAUUUCUGAAGUCUUCGCCGAAGUGCUGCCUAAUCAAAAGCAAACAAAGAUUCAACAACUGCAGGGAUUCGGCGAGAAAGUGGCGAUGGUGGGUGAUGGAGUGAAUGACAGCCCAGCACUUGCACAAGCUGAUGUUGGAAUCGCAAUUGCAGCUGGCAGCGAUGUAGCCAUCGAGAGUGCAGGAAUCGUACUUGUUCGCAAUGAUUUGAUUGAUGUGGUGGCCGCAGUGAAAUUGUCAAAGAAAACAACGCGUCGCAUUCGAUGGAACUUUUUAUUUGCCAUCUUUUACAAUGCGAUUGGGAUUCCUGUAGCUGCAGGUAUUUUCUCUCCAUUCGGUAUUUCCCUCCAGCCUUGGAUGGCAGCGGCAGCAAUGGCAAUGAGCAGUGUCUCUGUUGUGACGAGCAGUCUUCUUCUACGAACUUUCAAGAAACCAACUUUCGCUUCUCUGCAAUGUAACGAGUUUAAAGCUCAUCAGAAAGCGCUGAACGCUGGGAAGUUCGAGGUGCAUGUACAACGUGGUCUUGACGACAAUGGCGUAUGGCGUGCUGAGUCGAAGCUGUCAAUGUUGAGCAGUCGAAUCGGCUCGAUCAUUAGUGGAUCGAUUCCCAGCUUGACAAGUCUCACUGGCACUGGAAAAAAGAGAGGUCAAUCACUUCUCGAACGAGAUGGACGUGGCUCGGAUUCGGAAAACCUCAUCGUU